GCAAUAUCGCGUUUUCGUGAAAGUUAAAUAUGAGAGUGAAUCUCACCUCGCGUCAAUAUUUUGGGUGUUGGCAGCAGCGCCUUGGUGACGAAAAUUUGAAUAAAUUUGCUGUAUCACACAUACGUAAACAUUAUGUUCUUGAGCAAAUUUGUCGACACCAAAUUCCGAUCCAAAUCUCUUAGUUUUAAGAGUCCAUUUCUUCUGUACGAUUUAUGUUUAUGUCACAUCAUUUUAUGACAAUCUAUGAACACAUUUCAUUUUGUGUUUUAAUUCGGCCUGAGUUGACUCCCAUAAUGGCGUCUUUAUUAGACAAACUGAGUGUAUUUGUUAGUGCUUAUACUGGAUGCUUCCGGUUGAACUACUCACGCAAAAAGAGCGUGAAUGAAGGCAUCAUUUACGGGUAUAAUGUCUGCGUGUUACAAUUUUCAUAAUUACAACGACGCUGAAAUAUGCGGCGGGUGAAAAUGAAUCUAAACGUUGUCAGCCUAAAGUUGUGGCGUGCGUAUGUUUGCCAAAAAGUAAUGGAUGGUUCAAAUCUCCACAUUUUUUAAAGGGAGCGCGCUAUUGGCUUGGAGGGAGGAGGGGUACAGGCUGUAGUCUUCUGAUCCGGCCCCCAGGAGGCUCUGCUUCCCCGGCUCCCUUUGUUCCGUCUCGCCGGUGUGGGUUGAGUCGGUUACGGGGAGGCUGCGCUCAUCCCCCAAUAAUCACAACAACAGCAGCAAAGCACCGAGGAGAAAACCCACAAGCGAGUGGGCGAGGGAAAAGAGCCCCGGAGGAAGUCACGCGAAGACGGGUGGUGCCUUUUGGGAAGAGACGAAGAAAGAAAAGUUGCUUCUGAUGCGUUCGCGGUCGCGGGCAAAAAGUCGGACAGACGAUUUGCAGGGUGCGAAAACGACACCUUGGGGAGACUUCAGGUCGUUUUUCGAUGCUCGCUUUCGGGAAGCUAAGUGCUAGCCCGUCAAACGGAUCCACGCGGCGGACUCUCCCCUUCUGCCACUCUAAGCAUCCAUAUUUACAUCCCCCCCAGCCCAGGGAGUGGCAUCAUCCCUUUUCCCUGGAAGGAAAAUUCCAAGUGGCUUCCCUUUAUAUCUGGACCCUCGUGUGAAUCACCCUGCAAAACAUGGAGGGAGGCGGUCACCACCUUCAAGUUUAGUGCCUUCACCAUUUUUUUUUUUUAAAUCAAAUAAACCAUGAACAUGCUCAAGUCCAGCGGUCUGAAGAUCCCCGGCCGCGGGCCCAAGCAUUCCAGCCCGAUGGGAAGGAACGCAACCUCCUGCUCCCCCGUGCCCCUCAAAGACAAUGCUCCGGUCAAGCCCAGCACGCCGCCCAAAGCGUCGGAGGAGGGCGACGAGGUGGCGGGCGACUACACGGUGGGCGAGCAGGUGUGGGUGAACGGCGUGAAACCCGGGGUCAUCGCCUACCUCGGGGAGACCCAGUUCGCCCCGGGCCAGUGGGCCGGGGUGAUCCUCAACGACCUCCUGGGCAAGAACGACGGCUCGGUGGGCGGCGUGCGCUACUUCGAGUGCCAACCCCUGCAGGGCAUCUUCACGCGGCCCUCCAAGCUCACGCGGCAGCCGGCGGCCGAGGGCAGUGACGGCCUCUCCGCCGAGUCCCUCUGCGCCCAUAAUCAGACCCUGCAAGGCGGCGGGGGCGCCCCCGUCGGGCCGCGGGCGGCGCCACCGCCGCCGCUCCGAGACGGCCUGCUCAACAGCGCCAUCAAGACGGGAAACGAGUCGGGCUCCAACAUGUCGGACAGCGGAUCCGUCAAGAAAGCCGGCGAUAAGGACCUGAGGGCGGGAGAUCGCGUUUUGGUGGGAGGCUCCAAGAUGGGGGUGAUUCGCUACAUUGGGGAGACGGACUUCGCCAAGGGGGAGUGGUGCGGCGUGGAGCUGGACGAGCCUCUGGGGAAGAACGACGGCGCCGUGGCUGGGACGAGAUACUUCCAGUGUCUCCCCAAGUUCGGCCUGUUCGCUCCCAUCCACAAGGUGAUCCGCAUCGGCUUCCCGUCCACCAGCCCGGCCAAGGCCAAGAAGAGCAAACGCGUGGCCAUGGGGGUGUCGUCGCUGGCCCACAGCCCCAGCAGCUCGUCCAUCAGCUCCGUCAGCUCGGUGGCCUCGUCGGUGGGCGGCCGGCCGAGCCGCGCCGGCCUGCUGACGGAGACGUCGUCGCGCUACGCCCGCAAGAUCUCGGGCACCACCGCGCUGCAGGAGGCGCUGAAGGAGAAGCAGCAGCACAUCGAGCAGCUGCUGGCCGAACGCGACCUGGAGCGCGCGGACAUGGCCAAAGCCACGAGCCGCAUCGGCGAGGUGGAGAAGGAGCUCAGCGCCCUCAAGUCGCAGCACGUGCAGUACGUGUCGGAGAACGAGGGCGCCCUCCAUCAAGUGACAGCCGCCUUGGCCGGCAUGCAGAAAGCCAAGGUGGAGCUGGCCAAUCAGCUGGAGGAAGAGAAAAGGAAAGUGGAGGACCUUCAGUUCCGAGUGGAGGAGGAGUCCAUCACCAAAGGAGACCUGGAGGGAAGAUGCAAGCAUGACUCCUCAUCCUUGGGGUUGGGUAAGAUGACCAAGCAAACCACGGUGGAGGAGCAGAGUCGCAUUGCGCAGCUGGAGGAGGAGCUCAGCCGAACCAGGGCCGAGAUGGAGACCCUGCGGGUUCGGCCGCCGGGCUCCGCCGCCGCCGCGGGGCCGAGCCCCACCGCCACCCAAGCGCUCGACUCGGAAGCUUUGGCGGCCAGCCGACAGGAGACCGAAGCCCUUAAACUGCUGGUGGAGAAACAGAGUCAGGAGAUCUGUGAGCUGAAGCUGAAGGUCCAGCAGGCCACCAAGGAGAACAUGGACAUGAUGGAUGCCUGGAAGGCUAAAUUCGACUGUCUCGUGAGCGAUCACCAGCAGUCACUGGAGGAGCUGAAGGCCUCCUUCUCCGGCGGCCAGUCCGCACCCGAGGGCCAAGAGCCGGGUGUCCAGGAGCUGCGGGCCGCCCUGGAGGGCCUGAAGAUGGAGCACCAGCUUGAGGUGGAGAACCUCAAGGCCAAGUACAAAAUUGAAGCCGCCAUCCUCACCAAAGAACGGGAGGACCUCUCCGCUCGGCUCCAAGACGCCAAGGAGCAAACCAGUCGGGAGGCCGCGGAGGAGGCCUCCGACAAACUGCAGAGGGCUGAGAAGAGGCUGGCGGAGAUGGAGGUGCUUCAACGGGAGCGCGACCGAAGCGCCCGGGAGCUGAGGGAACAGCUGGAGAUGUCCGAGAACAAGGUGUCGGAGUACCGAGCUUUGCAGGAAGUCAACCGGGAGGAGGUCCAGAAGCUGCAAGAGAAGCUGAGGGUGACGGCCAAUCGGCUGCGGGCCAUCCAGACCGACCGCGAUGCUCACGUGAUCGAAGACAACCACCUUUCCGACGAGAAGCUGAAGCAGAACAUUGAAGAAAUCACGGAGAAGCUGAUGAAAAGGGAAAAAGAGGUUUCCACUCUCACCUCCCAAGUCGAAGCGCUCAAAUCUCAAAUUGGAGUUCUCGAGGGCAAAGUUCGUACGGGGGAAAGGAAGGCCGAAGCGCUGGCGCGGGACAAGGUGCGCGUGGAGACGGAGCUUGAGUCCAUGACCAGGAAAUCCCAUGAUGCCUCUGGGCAGCUGCUCAGCAUCGGCCAGGAGCUGUUGAAGAAAGAGGGGAGCCUAAACGAGUUGCGAGUUUUGCUCCUGGAGUCGCGUCGCCACUCUCGUGAGAUGGACAAAGACCUCAACCGUGAAAUGCGCAAGGCCGAGUGGAAGGUGAAGGAGCAAAAACUGCAGGAUGAUAUCAAGACGCUACGGGACAAACUUUUGAUGCUGGGCCGUGAGAGAUUCUCCCCGGAUCACCGCCGUCACUCCAUGCUGGAUCCUUCGGCUCUGGACUCUGAGGUGACCCGCCUUCGCCAGCAGCUGCUCGGCACCGAAGACGCCCUGCGAACGGCCUUGGAGCACAAUCAGCAGGUGGACCAGCUGGUGCAGGCCAUGGGCAAGCAUCCGGAGAAAAGCCCGAUGCACGGAGCCCGCAAAUCAGCCAACGGUAUUCACCACCAGGAAGCCGACAGCACUCAAAACGAGCAGCACUGAUGGUGAAAGCUGAGAAUGGAUCAACGAGGACUCGAGAGGAACGUCCGAACCUGCCACGGACGCAUGAAGUUGAUACCGUAACCACGCAUGGUCGCCGAAAAAGCACCUUUUAUUGAGUUGCAAGGACCAAGUACUGUAAAUUAAACGCCUCAUGGGAUUCUAGAUCGAAAUUAGCUACCCACGAAGGCAACUUUCCUUGUUUUGCAGUUGCGGGAAUGCCUCGAAUCCAAGAACUUUUACCACUGGGUCACUUUUGUUUGUUCUUUUAUUUAUUACGUUGAAAUAAUCUACCGCGAGACUCGCAGAGAGUGCAGAAAGAUUCCUGUGUGCUUGCAGGUUGAAGUGGCCAUGCGGAAGGGUCUGCGUACCUGUAAAAUCAUUCACGAGUAUGAUUGACUGGGUAUGAAAGUGACAUUUCAAACAAAACAUGUCCAAAACUUUGCUGAGCCUGGGAUAAAACGUUUUUAUUUUUCUCCUCAAAAGAACAUGUCACAGUUCAUACAGGUGAUAAAAUAAAGUAGCGCCACUUGGUUCAUCCAGAUUCGAAUUUGGACACCAAGGUCUCACUGGUUGUACCUGUGACAGUUCGAGAGGGAAACCACGCUAUGUUUACAAUGAUUGGACUCAAAAUGCCACAGCUCAUACAAUGACCCCAAUAAAAAAAAAAAAAUUUAAAAAAGAAGCAGGUAUGUCCACUUCUGGUAUUAGUCACCAAGGUGACUAGUUGCACCUGUUCCAGAGCCGGUAAGACGUCAAUCAAUGUAUGGUAUGCAUGAUUGGACUCCUCACUGUUGAAAGUGCCACCUUAGUGCCAGGCAUGGAUGUUGCAAUCAUAUUGGGUAUGGUCCUAAUCUGUAAAAAUCAAGGUGCCAAAAUUAACACAUUUGAUGGUAUCACCCCAAAAACAAGACCACUUAAGGUACGCUAAUGAACACCGGACGGCUACUGUCUGUAUCUGUUCCAGGGCUAAAAAGCCUGUCAAAUGCAAGGCCCCAGUGACAAAUAAAUGUACACAUGUAAGUUAUGAAAAUACUUUUCUCUCAAAGUGCAGGAAGAAGAACAGAAUGGCUGGUGGUUUCUUGGGCUCAAACCUGCCAGCAUCCAAGGUCUUCCGGCUGUUUUCAACCGUUUUGUGGUUUGUAGUUGGCUGUCGUACUGUAACGGGAACGCUCAUGAUCGAGAUUACUGCCGCAAUGCUUUCCCAGACUAACUCAUUAAAUAUUUACAACCCAAAA